AUGGCAGAUGUCUUCAAAGGCCUAAACCUGAUUGAAACUCUCAAAGAGUCAAUGGAGAACAACAAGUUAUCUGAUGUAAAGGAGGCCAUGGAAGAUCUUCUCAUCAGUAGGAUAAACCUAGCUGUUGUGGGGGACCGUGGAGAAGAAAAAGUCUCCUUCAUGAACUCCCUUCGUGGCCUUGGGCCUGAAGAUGAUGGUUCAGCCCCUUCUCAAUCUCCUGUUGAACCAGAGGACAUAGAUGGCUACCCACAUCCGAAACACCCUGACUUCCGACUUUGGGACCUACCACCUGUCCCGGCCACAUCCCCAUUUGAACCAGAGGGAUACAUGAACAGAUAUAAGUUCCUUCGUUAUAAUGCUGUUUUUAUGACAUUCACACAAAUAAUACAACCCAACAGUGUGGAUGUCUUUUUGGAGGCUCUUUCUCUGCAGCAACAAACAGUGUACUUUCUUCUCUUAACUUCUGUAAAAGACACAGAUAAGAGCCUGGAAGAAAAGAGGAAAGCCAGUUUAGAAGUACUAAAAUCACAGGGUGUGAAACAACCUAAAGUUUUUCUGGUUAAACCUUCCAAUCUUGAGAAAUUUGACUUUCCUGACCUCCUGGCAUACAUGGCCACAGACCUUCCUGAGAUCCGAGCUCAUGCCCUUCUGCUGGCUUUACCGACACUCACAUUAACAAUGGUCACCAAGAAAAAGGAGGCAUUUAAAGCACUCAUAUGGGCAGCGGCCUCCCUAUCUGGCGGGAUGUCAGCCAUUCCUGUUCCCCUUGUGGCAUCCAUGGUGGAUUCAAGCAUUGCUGUGCGGAUUUUGACAAAAGCCCAGUUAUCUCUGUGCGUGGAUGAUGAAUCGGUCGAGCGACUGGCUCGACAGCGGCACCUGGAGCCAACAAGACUUAAAGAGCUGAGAACUUGUGUGUUGUCAGUGGAGGUCACUAAGGUGGAAGUUAAAAAAAGGCUUGCAGCAGCUGAGAAGGACUUGGCUACAGUUUCGUCAAAGUUAGUGGAAAUGGCAUUGCCUAGACAUGCUCGUUCAGCCAGCCGCUCCUUCACUGCGAUGUUGCAAGCUUUAAAUGGUGCUAUUGAUGAAAUGGCUGCUGAUGCUGAGAAGAUAGUGGCAGCUGCUUUGGGAGGGGGGAAAUAAAAACAAACACCUGUGUAUGUCUAUUCCUGUUUCUACGCAAUGUAAUAUCACUUUUAUGUUUAAGGCUAUUAUUUAUGGAUCAACGGAUAGGUAUUGAACACUUCGAUGUUGUUCGUAGUGAGUAUAUAUGACAUUAAAUUCACAUCAGAUGUUACCGAGAUAAUCCAAACAUAUAAAUAAAUCCAAACAAAUUAUACCAUGAAUUAUGUCAAACUGAAAUAGCACAGGUUAUAAAUAUUGAAUGUGUUCUGAAAUGAAUUUAGCACAUAAUAAAAUAGCUUUUUUGUAAAGACAGCAUCAGAAUCUCUCCCAUGUGGCAAAACUAAUUGCAUAAUUGAAUUUUUGAACUUUUAAGGUGUUCUGACUUUUCUUCUUUGAUUUCAGUUGAAUGAUUCUAACAGCUUUUAUAUACUUUUAUGGCACCAAUAAAAUGUUAUUCAAGCUCCAUGUUUGUCUUGCUGAAAGAUCUGCCCUUGCUUCAUCUUCAGAUUCGUAUUGUUCUGUCACAUCCGGCACACAGCAUGAUGUUCUGACUUCCAGACUUUAAUGCUGGUAUGGUGCUUUAUGAGUCCUCUGUGGUGUGCUGUGUGCAGUGAUGUCCAGAAUUCAGCUUAAUCAUAUUUAUACUCUCAACUGAUUAACUAUUCCUAGCAUUUCUUUGCCUGGUCUAAUAGCAAACAUGAAAAAGCUUCAGCAUUCUUUUUCUUUGUUCAGCAGUGAAGUCUUAUACAAUGACUAUGCAAAGAGACAUUUACAAUUAUGUAUAAUUAAAUGCUUUUAUGAAAAACCUUUAAUUCAAUUUCUGAAGCCCUGGGAGUGAGCUACAGCACAUGGGCAACUUUUCUUAUUUAUAUAUUUAUAUGCUUGUUUUUUGUCAUCUUCCGGAACAGGAUUGUUUCAUUCAAAUUGAAAUUGUGUUCUUAUGGCCCUGAUGAGGUUCACAGGAAAAUUCAGACAUUUAAAAAUAUAUCUGUAUCCAGUGUAUCAGUGUGUAUGAGCCACAUAAACAGUAUUUUUAUUACCUGCAGCUAAACCAAACCAAAAUUAACUGGCAUAAGGAAGCAAGAUUGGUGUGUAAAUACUGCUAUAUGUCUUCUGUUUAACUUUCUGUGCUAUUUUGCAGAGUUUUUCAUCAUGCAUUCAAUACUUACUUCAUGGGUCUCUUUGCAAUU